CUGUGUGGAUGUGGACACGUAUCAUUGUAGUAUUAUUUUAUGUAUUUGCUAAGAAUUACACUGGUUAUAGUAUAAUUUAUAUAGUGUAGUGAGAAGUGCAGAUAAUAAGAUAUCUAUCGCUACACGGGAUACUUUAUUAGUCCGCCAAAACCGCACAUAAAUAAGCAUGGCGGGUGUGGAGCAGCCAUGCUAUACCCUCAUAAACUUCCCGACUGACUCGGAGCCCUACAAUGAGAUGCAACUCAAGCUUGAUCUUGAGAAGGGUGACACAAAAAAGAAGAUUGAAGCCCUCAAGAAGGUGAUAGGCAUCAUUCUGUCUGGGGAGAAGAUCCCUGGGCUGUUGAUGAUCAUUAUCCGCUUUGUGCUGCCGCUGCAAGACCACACCAUCAAGAAGUUGCUGCUCAUCUUCUGGGAGAUUGUCCCCAAGACCACACCCGAUGGCAAACUCAUGCAGGAGAUGAUUCUGGUCUGCGAUGCUUAUAGGAAGGACCUGCAACACCCGAACGAGUUUAUCCGCGGGUCGACGCUGCGCUUCCUGUGCAAGCUGAAAGAGCCGGAGCUGCUGGAGCCGCUGAUGCCGACCAUCCGCGCCUGCCUCGAGCACCGGCAUUCCUACGUGCGCCGGAACGCUGUGUUGGCUAUCUUUACCAUCUAUAAAAACUUCGAGUUCCUGAUCCCGGACGCGCCGGAGCUGGUGGGCAACUUCCUGGAGACGGAGCAGGACAUGUCCUGCAAGCGGAACGCGUUUCUCAUGUUGCUGCACGCGGACCAGGAGCGCGCGCUCGCCUACCUCGCCGCGCGGCUCGACAACGUGCACAGCUUCGGAGACAUCCUGCAGCUCGUCAUAGUCGAGCUCAUCUAUAAGGUGUGCCACGCGAACCCGUCGGAGCGGUCCCGCUUCAUCCGCACGGUGUACGGCCUCCUCAACGCGCCGUCGGCCGCCGUGCGCUACGAGGCCGCCGGGACCCUCGUCACGCUCUCCACCGCGCCCGCCGCUAUCAAGGCGGCGGCGGCGUGCUACAUCGAGCUGAUAGUGAAGGAGAGCGACAACAACGUGAAGCUGAUCGUGGUGGAGCGGCUGGGCGCGCUGCGCCAGGCGGGCGGCGACGCGGCGCGGCGCGCGCUGCCCGCGCUGGCCAUGGACGUGCUGCGCGUGCUGGCCGCCUCCGACCUCGACGUGCGCAGGCGCACGCUGCAGCUGGCUCUGGAGCUAGUGGGUCCGUCACACGCGGAGCAGCUGGUGCAGGUGCUGCGGAAGGAAGCUGCACGCGCGGCCUCGGCCGACCACGACGACGCGGCCCGCUACCGCCAGCUGCUGGUGCGGGCCAUGCACAAGGCUGCGCUCAAGUUCCCCGAGGUGGCGGGCAGCGUGGCGCCGGCGCUGCUGGAGCUGCUGGGCGACGGCAGCGAGGCGGCCGCCGCAGACGUCAUGCUGUUCCUGCGCUCCGCGCUGCACACCUUCACCGACCUGAGGCCCUCCAUCUAUGAGAAACUGCUGGAGUGCGUGUCCCACAUCAAGGUGGGCAAGAUAGCCCGCUCGGCGCUGUGGCUGGUGGCGGAGUUCGCGGACACGGCCGGCGCCGCGCGCGCCGCGCUGCGCGUGCUGGCUGGCGUCAUACCCUCGCCCGCGCGCGGCGACCGCGCCCACGAGGAGGAGAAGGAGACGGAAAAAGAAAAGCCGGAGUCUGCGCCGCGCCAGCUGGUCACCAGUGACGGCACGUACGCCUCGCAGUCCGCGUUCAACCUGCCGCCACCGACAUCAACAAACACUUCCACGGGGCCAGCCUUAUGGCAAGCAUUGCGUGAGGGAGAGAGCUUCACCGCAGCUUGUGCGUGCUCAGCGCUGGCCAAACUGGCGCUGAAGCUGCCUGCGCCCAGCGAAGCCGCUAGCGCACUGCGGCUGGCUGCAGCAUUGCUCGUCUACCACAAGCAGCAUGCAGGUGGUCAAACAACGGGCCUGACGGCAGAUGACAUGGAACACGCGGCCAUCUGCCUGCUGGCGGCGGCGUCCAAGCCCACCGUGGUGCAGGACGCGCUGCUACAGGGCUCCCGGGACGCGCUGGCUGCGUUGCUGCAGCUGCCCGAUAGGCAACUCGCCGAUAUGGAGAAGUCCCCGCAGGAGGCGGCGGAGGCGCCGGCGCGUGCGGUGGAGCUGGAGUCGGGCAUCCAGUUCGCGGCGCUGGCCGCCGCGCCCGCCGCCGCCGCGCACCACGACAUCUUCGAGCUGUCGCUCAGCAAGGCGCUGCAAGGGCGCGGCUCAGGCGGGUCAGAGGAGCGCGGUAAGCUGUCGAAGGUGACGCAGCUGACCGGGUUCAGUGACCCCGUAUACGCUGAGGCCAUUGUCGCCGUCAACCAGUACGAUAUUGUGCUUGAUGUGCUGGUGGUGAACCAAACUGACGACACGCUGCAGAACUGCACGGUGGAGCUGGCGACGCUGGGAGACCUACGGUUGGUGGAACGGCCGGCCGCCGUGGUGUUGGCGCCGCGGGACUUCGCCACCAUCAAGGCGCAUGUCAAGGUCGCCUCCACAGAAAACGGGAUCAUUUUCGGAAAUAUUGUGUACGAGGUGACGGGCGCGUCGAUGGACCGCGGCGUGGUGGUGCUCAACGACAUCCACAUCGACAUCGUGGACUACAUCCAGCCCGCGCUCUGCUCCGACGCGGACUUCAGGCAGAUGUGGGCCGAGUUCGAGUGGGAGAACAAGGUGUCCGUGAACACAAACAUCACUGAUCUUAAAGAGUACCUGCAACAUCUACUAGCGUCUACCAACAUGAAGUGUCUCACGCCUGACAAGGCGCUGUCGGGGCAGUGCGGCUUCAUGGCGGCCAACCUGUACGCGCGGUCCAUAUUCGGCGAGGACGCGCUGGCCAACCUCAGCAUCGAGAUCCCGCUGCACAAGCCCAACGCGCCCGUCGUCGGACACGUGCGCAUACGAGCCAAGAGCCAGGGCAUGGCGCUGAGUCUAGGGGAUAAAAUCAACAUGAUGCACAAGGCGCCGCAGCCGAAGCCGCCCGCCAACCCCACCCCGGCCGCGUGAAGAAGACGACAAGUAUUGCCGUCGCUAAAUAAACGGCACUGCACCUGUCACGUGCUAUGGACGCGAUACGCUAUAGUCAGGUAUACAGACAAAAUGUAUCAGGAUUACAAAAAGAAGUUGUGAGCGUCAUACUGACUCCGGGGGGGUUAAAUGGGGGGGGUUAAUAGACGUUGGCGCAUAGAAAAAUAACUGCGCAAUGCCAACAAAUGUCAAAUAGCAAUAUUGCUUUUUUAGAUGUAUUGCUUCGAUGUGGCCCUUUUAACCCCGCGUAAUCAAUUUGUUUGAAACUGUGACGUUGUGUAUAAAAGUUUCUUAGAAUUGGACGGAUUGCCAUCAAAUGUGCAGUGGUUGUUAUUUAGCGAUUUGUUCUUAUUUGAUUACUUACUAUAGUUAUAAUAUUGAUAUACAAUAGAAUGAUUGAAUAUAAAAUUACUAUUUACUGUGA